CCCAAGCCCGGGUAAAGGAGGAGGGUUGUGUUAGGCCAUCAACAGCCAAUGUAAAAAUUUGUUGAAUCUAUCAUGAACAUGGACAAUAGACGUUAUAAUGUUAAUGCUAGGUCGUUGCCCGUAAGUAACGCGCUGCAUGGCUCGAGUACAGUGAUAAGUGAGUUAGAGCCGCUGCAUCGGCGCCCGGAUGUAGUGUUAAAUGAGCAAGGGCUACCGCGUCAUUCUGGACGCACGCGGCUAAAGAAGUUAGUCCAUAAGAGCAAAAUUAGAUUUGGUACUUGGAAUGUUGGGACAUUAAAUUGUAAAUCUGUAGAGGUUGUAGGGGUUAUGAUUCAAAGGAAAAUCAAUAUCCUUUGCUUGCAAGAAACAAAAUGGCGUGGAGAAGAAGCUAAGGAUAUUCAAGGUUUCAAACUUUGGUAUACAGGAAAAGUAAGUGCACGCAAUGGAGUAGGCAUCAUUAUAGAUAAGGAGUGGAAGAAGAACGUUGUAGAAGUUAGCAGAAUUGGAGACAGAAUUAUUUCUUUAAAAAUGAUAAUUGGACGUGAGACUGUUAAUAUUGUUAGCGCUUAUGCGCCGCAAGUCGGGACAGAAGCCAGUCUUAAGGAAUUAUUUUGGGAGGAUCUGGAGGGGUUGAUUCGACACAUACCACAGAGUGAAAAGAUUUUUAUUGGAGGAGACUUUAAUGGGCAUGUCGGGAGGGAAGCUGGUCAGUAUGCGAGGGUGCAUGGUGGUUUUGGUUUUGGAGAGCUAAACAAUGAAGGGCAAACUCUUCUUGAUUUCUCAUUGGCGUAUGAUUUUAAGAUUGCCAACACUUGUUUCAAGAAGAGAGAUGAGCAUCUCAUCACCUACAAAAGUGGAGCCUCAAGGUCGCAGAUUGAUUUUCUUUUGGUUAGGAACACAGAUAGAAAACUUUGUAAAAAUUGUAAGGUGAUCCCUGGAGAUGCUGUAACGACACAACAUAGGGUCCUAGUCCUUGAUGUGUGUAUUAUGAGUAAAAUCCAAAAACGUCGACAAGUAGUAACACCAAGGAUUAGGUGGUGGCAAUUAAAAGGUGAGAAGCAAGAUAUUUUCAAGAGAAAUCUUUUGGAUAAAGGAAUUUGGGAUUCUCAGGGAAGUGCUAACAUCAUAUGGGAGGAUAUGGCUAAAAAGAUACGGGAGGUUGCAAAAGUAGUUUUGGGAGAAUCGAAAGGUUCUGGUCCAAGAGAUAAGGAGUCUUGGUGGUGGAAUAAUAGUGUACAGGACAAAAUCAAGUAUAAGAAGAACUGUUUUAAAGCCAUACAUUUGUGUAACAAUGAGGAAAAUUGGGAGAGGUACCGUAUGGCUAAGAAGGAAACUAAGAGAGCUGUGGGUGAAGCUCGUUCUAAAGCUUUUGAAGAAUUUUAUAAGAACCUUGAGACGAAGGAAGGAGAGCAAAAUAUUUAUAAGAUUGCCAAGAGUAGGGAAAGAAAAUAA